UAUCAACGGUUGCUAGGUUUAUGUGGUGAUGUUUGAGGAUGGAACAGAGGCAGAAAAUGUUUUUAAUGCUUGCCAGAAGAUGGCUAGCUUAAGUAUAACAUCGUCGUUAGACACACUGAAAGAUAGAUUACACAGCAUCUGUUGAUGACAGCAUGUAAAUUAUUAAUUUAAGAAUGACAUUGGACAUUUCCAAAAUGAGCAUUUAGGAUUAUGCAAGAAAUUAAUUAAAGAAAAAAGUGAUUAUAUAUUUGAUAACUUUAUAUAUCUUGGAGAAAUACAGAUUAAUUGUACAUGUAAUCCACAAAUACAAUCUAAAAACACGUCUAUCUGGUCUCUAAAAUUAUCCAAAUCAUAUAUACCCCUGUCACUCGGAGUUUAUCUUAUCUAUGCAUGCCUUGACAAGUUGUUGGAAAACUAUAAUUAGUUUUAAUUUUCAUUAAGCUCUUCAACAGAUUUAAUUAACACGUCAUACUUGAUGAAGACGAAGCGAAAACGAACAGUGGAAAUUAUAUUAGAAAUCAGUUUGGUUUUAAACUGAAGUAAAGUCACUUGAACAUUCCUCGUUAGUGAAAGUUGUUUAAAAGAAUAUAAUUUAUUAUCCUUCAAAAGAGAAUGGAGGAAAUUGUGAACUAUCCAGAAGUCCAUGAAAAACUCAUGAAACUUUCCUGCUAUUCUCGGAAAACUUUCAUAGAUGUUUUACAUAAAAUAUGUGAAGAAGAAUCCAAUGACAUGAUGGGGAUUUUAGAUCAGAGUCGAAAUGAAAUCCAUGAUAUGGCAUCGUCCAUCCAGAAGGAGCAAAAAGCCUUCAAGGAGACGCUCCAUCAACUCAAAAUUGAACGAACAAAUAGUGAACGAAAUGAAUCUCGAAUGUCAACAGUGUCCUGUAUAGAUGGAGUGGCAAAUGGUGGAAGAACAAGGAAAAAGAAUAAAAAGAAUUCUGGUUCAAGACCAUCCAGUGUCUGUAGCCUACCUGCUGCGUCAACCACCCAAAUUACUAUUGAACAGGAAAAGGAGACUGUAUUCCGGAACUUGGAUACUGCUGGAGCUAAAUUAGAUAAUGAAAGGAAAAGACAAGCAGCACGUGUUGAAGAAUUAAAAUCACGUACACGCCAGAACCAAAAAGACAACGCCCACAAAGCCAAGGAACUCAUGGAAGAAGCAAAUAAUCUAUCCAAAAUGUUGGAUAAAUGUAAAAUUGAACAACAAGAAAAAGUGAAAGAAAUUGUGGAGAACAAAAGGAAAAAAAUCACAGAUUCUACAGCUGGGGCACAAACUAUAUUUGUAGUAUCAGGAGAUAAUCCAACGGGCAACAAUAAUAAUCCUGGCAACCAUGGAGUUCCUGAAAUUGGGAAAUUCUAAAGACAUUCGUAUGGUUUAAUGUUAUUCUUUCAGUUGUAUAUAAAGACUUUUUAUUCCUUAGCCCCAAUACGAUUAGUUUAAACAAACUCCCAAUCAACUCUGUUGCUAAUGACAACAACAACAACAACAACAACAACAACAACAAUAGUAAUAAUAGUAAUCACCAUUUUCUUUGUAAAGAAUGAGAGAUCUCCAAACAAUGGAGCUUGCAUCACUUUUCAGAGAUACCCUUCCUAUCUUUUUUUUAUGUUAUCUCUUACAUGUUUCACUCAUUGGACUACAGCCAUGCUGGGGCACCACCUUCAAGGGUUUUAGUUAAACAAAUCAACCCCGGUACUUAUUCUGUUGGCCUCUAUUCCCAGAUUCCUUCACAAAGCAACCAACACUGGUUGUCCAGCAAUGCUGGGAGGGACCAAAACCACAUAAACACUCACACACACACAAUGGGUUUCCUCACAGAUUCUGUCUACCAAAUUCAUUCACAAGGCAUUGGUCAGCCUGGGGCUGGCACUUGCCCAAAAUGCCAUACAGUGGUACUGAACCCAGAACCAGGAGGUUGCAAAGUGAGCUUCUUAAGCAGGACUGUGCUUAUACACAUCCACGUCUGUCUCUAUGCAGAACAGUCCCUGUAACUUAGUGAUUUAGCAAAAGGAGACUGAUAAAAAAAUGUACUGGGGUCGAUUUAUUUGACUAAACUCUUCAAGGUGGAGCCCCAGCUUGGCCACAGUCCAAUUACUGAAACAAAUAAUUGUUAAUGAGACUCUGCUUCACCUACAUUUUGUCUCCUUUGGUGUUCCUCGUGGAUUGGUUUAAGUCCCUACACUUUUCUUUUAUCAUAAUAACAACCAUUCCACAAUUAUUUCUAACCAUUUAUAUUCCUGGAUUGCAGAUCUCAUUCUUUCUUGAACUACUGCAAACAACCAUCAACCACAUACAACUCUAAACACCUCACAUUAAAUUUGAAAAACUUUUAUGAAUGGACAGACGGCUCCUCCCCGUGUCAUAUAGAUUCACAAGGCUAGUUACCUCAAUUUCUGUUGCAUAUAUAUAUUCUGACCCCACCUGGAUGGGAUGCUGGUCUGUUGCAGAAUUACUCCUUUUUGCCAGCUGAGGAAACUGGAAUAACAUGAAAUACAAUGCAUCAUCUAAUCCAGGAAUUGAAACCACAAUCUUACGCCCAUAAGUCUGACACCCUAACCGCUAAGCCACAUGCCUCCCCUUUUAUGAAUGGAAACUUUGAUUGCUUCCUGCUUGAAAUAUGAGCAGUUUAAUAUUUCUUUCUUCAAUGUUACCAAUAAUGUUGGAAGCUGCUUCAUCAACAUGAGAAUAUGUUAAUGUGAAAAAAAAGGGAGAAAGUUAAUAAAAACACCAUUUAUGUGAUGCAAAAGUAGAAAAGAAUUUCAUUAAAAAACAAUGAAGAUGAGUCAAAUAUGCAUUUAAAGGGGAUUUUUUGGUUCCUUACAUCAACCUAUGAGGGACCUGUAUAUAUCAUUAGGGAUGUUUCUUGGGGCUCAUUAAGUGUUUUGGGUCUUUCAACAAUCAGUAAUCUCCACCCAGGUGACCAAGAAAGGUAUCAUCAAGCCACAGCUUGUGUCCAGUCUGCACAAUCCACAAGUAGCACUGCCCAUUCUGGAGCAUUCAGCCACCCUGAAACAACCUCUGCUUCCCUAACAGUCAACCUCAUGGCCCUCUCCCUCCUUGUCCCUGUGAUGCCAGGCAGGUUGUAAGCUCUGCACAGGGACCCACCAUGAUGGGACCCCAUUGCUGUGGCAUAGUUCCACCAGCUCAGCAGGCUUUUGCUAUUGCAAGUCAGCCCCAGCAGCUGGCUUCUUCUUCUGACAAAAGCGAUAAACUUCUUUGUUGGACAAAUUUGUAUUUCAUAAUUCAAUGAAUAAGUUUUUAAUAAUUAUAGAGCUAAUGCUGUCUGGUGUGGUGGUACAGUAGUCAGUCAUUAAUAAAAUACAGUUGUGAGGUAGAAAGCUGGCGGAAUUGUUAGCACACCGAGCAAAAUACUUAACAACAUUUUGUCUAUCUUUAUGUUCUGAAUUCAAAGUCUGCCAACAUUGGCUUUGCUUUUCAUACUUCCAGUGUCAAUAAAAUAAUUACCUGUUGAGCUGAUGUAAUCGACUUUCCCCCUCUCCCAAAUUGCUGGCUUUGUGCCUAAAUUCGAAACCAAAGCAAUAGAGCCAUGACUUGGUUUCGUUUACCAUUUAGGACCAUUUUAAACGAAGUAGGGAAGUGUAGGGGUAAGACUGCAAUGCAAGAAUGGUAUGAAGACUACAAACUCUAACUGCUACUGGACACCAUUGCAUUAUAAGUAAGAAGUAGAUUUUAAUGACUUACGAGGAGAAUGUUAAAAACAUGUAGCAAAUACAAAACUGCAAAGACAUGUCGAACAAAAUAACGAUUGGGGACAAAUGUAUUUAUUCCUAUAGAUUAGAGAUUUUGAUCUAUUGUAUAAUAUCAACUUGUAAAAUAAAUCAAAUAUUUUUAGAAUAUAAUUAGUUUUGUUGAUCAUGCUGUAAAAAUAUAAAUUAUAACGAAUAAAAUAUUAGAAAAACAUGUUUUCAUUAUUAAAAUAAACAGUAAAAGAAGAAUGUGCAAAAAA